UUUACUUUUUAGAUAAUUGAUUUAUUUUACUUUUUUCUUAUCUUGCUUAAUUUAGAAAUUCAAAUUGUGGAAAAUCUAGCUGAAGUUGAGAAGUUAGUCAAAAGCAAAUCAAAUGAAGAAAAGGCUAAAGAAGCUGCUGUUGAAAAAGAUCCUAAUACGUUGGAGUGUCCACUCAAUGCGUUUUCCCUUUUCUUGCAAAAAUUUAAAAAACUUUACAAUGAAGCAAAUCUUGAUUCCGAAAAUGUUGAAAGGGUUAAUAAAAUGGCUGUUAAAACAUGGAAGUCCAUGACAAAUGAGGAAAAAAAGACUUAUUUUGAUACAGCAGCUAAACUCAACGCAGAGGCUAAGAAAUUGCAGCAUAUUGCAUUAAAUGAAAGGUUGGCUCAGUCUAAUCAAAUAGGUAAAUGCACUCCACUUGGCACAAGUAGAACAAUCAAUGAUUUUCAAGUAAAACAAAUGGGGAAAAGAGAACAUAAGCCCAAAGUUCAUUUUGAUAUGACUAACUUGGAUAAGUCAAAAAAGGGAAAAACUCACAAGAAACAACAUAAGCAGAACAUUCAAAAUAAGGAAAAUCUUGCUAAAACCAUUCAGGUUUUAGAGUGAAUAUGGUGGUGGUGGUGGCUGUGGCAAUUUAGAUCGUGUGUAUAUUGAAACAUCAUACUAUUUGAUAUGGAAGUUACACAACUCAAAAUGAGAAUUCAUAGAAAAAUGCAACCGUAAAACUUAGAUGAUUUUAGUUUUAUCUUUGACAGAAGAAAUUACAUGUUAUUGCAAACUUGACAAAUUAGUGUUGCCUUUUGAAUGAUAUCAUGAUGGACAAAAAAGAUUUAAAUAAGAAGUUUAUCUUUAUUUUAA